AUGAAUAAUUUUACUGAAUCUUUAACCCCGAUGGCUGUCGAACUGUGCAAAAAUCACCCGUAUUAUUUACUUGGCGAAACUAUUUGGCGUUUUGGCGCGUUGAUAUGUGUUCUAUUGGGAAUGCCGGGACAUGUUUUGGUAAUUAUCAUUAUGCUCAGCGCUAGAAAUCGAAGACAACCUGUUUGCCUCUAUUUUGCUACGAUGGCAAUAUUCGAAAUUAUUUUUCUCACAAUUGUUUUCUGGUUGUGGUGUUCAUCAUUGUCAUUAGCACGUGAUCCUCGCGAUGUUCUGACAUGCGGAACAUAUUACAGUUUAUUGAUCGGUUCAUCUCAUAUUUCAACACUUCUUCUUACAGCUGCCUCGAUUGAUCGUGUUUGGAUUGUUGUUUAUCCUAGUCGAUAUUCAACAUUUGUAACACGAACAAAAGCAUUAAUAAAAAUCAUUUUAAUCAUCAUCAUCGUCUCGCUUGUUAUUAUUCAAUAUCACUUCUCAGUUUAUUUUUCUUAUUCAUAUAACAUUUGCGAGUAUUAUUCCUAUGCUGAACUCUGGCAUGGCAAAGUUUGGCCAGUGAUUCGUCUUAGUCUUUUAGCAUUCCUUCCAUGCAUUACCAUUUGUAUAUGUUCAAUGGUUAUUCUAAGGAAUCGUUACUACCGUCGUCCGUCAACAACGAGUGAAACAACUGGAAGUCGACAUAUGCGCACAGCAUCACUUUUACUUGUCAUUUAUUCGAUCUAUUAUACGUUGAGCGUGAUGCCAUUGAAUAUUCUUCAGUUAUUUCAUUCAUACUUUUUCAAUGAUCGGAUUACCGAAGCGUCACAAAUCAAUUGUUUGAAAUUCGCUCAAUGGAAAAUGUUGAUGAAGUUUUGUCUGUUGUUAAUGGCGAUCAAUUAUUCGAAUAAAUUCCUUGUUCAUUAUUUGAUAUCGAUGCAAUUUCGUCGGAAUUUUUGGAGUCUAUGUCCGAAAUGUACUUGGACUCCAAGUCGUUAUCGGAAACGCACACGAAGUUUUGAAAAUAGUAUUUCAAAUUAA